AUGGAGCUUAAAUCAACUACGGGAUUUUUCAUGGAAUGGAAGCUCACUUGGAGUUGAUUAGCUGAACCAAGAUCUAAGGCUUAGUUGGGAUGAAGUUUUGGAAUUGUACAAUGAUAAAAUACGGUUUGUUGUUGAAAUCGUGUGGAUAUAAGUUGAUUGUUCCUUGGCUUUUGCUUGUAUCGAAUCUUUCUUGAGGCUGUAAUUUGUUAGAUUUGUCGUUGCUGCCUGUCCUUUUACUUCGUUUCCCUUCCUAAAUGAACCGAACUAAUAUUGCAGACUCCAAAAGUUAGCACUAUAGGACCUGUGAGUUUAUGUUUGGAUCCAAUAUAUGUUUCUUUUGCACACUUUGAUAGUACCUAAACAGUUCUCAAUGUUAAACAAAGUGACAUGAUAGAGUUUUUUUUUUUCUGGCAAUCUAACUAUGCCUGAAGAAAAACAGAAGUUGGACCAAAAACCAGUGCAGCCGUUGUUGAAAUCGUGUGGAUAUAAGUUGAUUGUUCCUUGGCUUUUGCUUGUAUCGAAUCUUUCUUGAGGCUGUAAUUUGUUAGAUUUGUCGUUGCUGCCUGUCCUUUUACUUCGUUUCCCUUCCUAAAUGAACCGAACUAAUAUUGCAGACUCCAAAAGUUAGCACUAUAGGACCUGUGAGUUUAUGUUUGGAUCCAAUAUAUGUUUCUUUUGCACACUUUGAUAGUACCUAAACAGUUCUCAAUGUUAAACAAAGUGACAUGAUAGAGUUUUUUUUUUCUGGCAAUCUAACUAUGCCUGAAGAAAAACAGAAGUUGGACCAAAAACCGGUGCAGCCGUGAGACAGGAACCAUCAGCUCCAAAAGAGGAGCCUAUUUCUGACAAUCGGGCCCAGACUUUUACAUAUCGACAAUUGGCAAAUGCGACCAAAAAUUUCAGAGCAGAAUCCAUGGUUGGACAGGGUGGAUUUGGGUCUGUUUAUAAAGGAAAAUUAGAAAGUGGUCAGGUUAUAGCUAUUAAGAAACUUGAUAAGACUGGUCUCCAAGGGGACAAGGAGUUCCUUGUGGAGUUUCUCAUGCUUUCACUUUUGAAUCACCCAAAUCUUGUCAAUUUGAUUGGUUACUGUGCCGAAGGGAAUCAGCGCCUUCUUGUAUAUGAGUACAUGCGGCAGGGAUCAUUGGAAGAUCACCUCCAUUAUCUUGAACCUGAUGAGAAACCUUUGGACUGGAACACGAGAAUGAAAAUAGCUUCUGGUGCAGCCCAGGGAUUGGAAUAUCUUCACUGCGGAGCAACUCCACCUGUUAUAUAUAGAGACUUGAAAUCAUCUAACAUACUAUUAGGUGACGGAUUCAACCCAAAACUCUCUGAUUUUGGGUUUGCAAAAUUUGGUCCGAGUGGAGAUAAAUCACACGUUUCCACCAGGGUCAUGGGAACCCAUGGUUACUGUGCCCCUGAGUACCUCACUAGUGGAAAAUUGACUACGAAGUCUGACAUCUUUUGUUUUGGGGUUGUUCUAUUGGAGCUGAUAACAGGCCGUAAAGCUUUUGAUGAUACACGUGCUUGUGAUGAACGACUCCUUGUUGAUUGGGCACGACCAAUGUUUAAGGACGGAAAGAACGUUGCAAACUUAGCAGAUCCACUACUGGGAGGCCACUUUUCGAAAUCCGGCUUGCAGAAGGCUCUAGAGGUGGCCGUGAUGUGCAUCGAAGAAAAUGCAAAUUCGAGACCCUCUGUUAGUGAACUAGUGAUAGCUCUGGAUUAUUUCAAUUCUCAUCCAUAUAACUCGGAAGAAGCUAAAAGGGAUAGUGUGAAAGGGCCCGGAAACAGUGACUCUCCAAUCGAAACAACCGGGAUGUUAGGCGUGGAUUACGAAAGAGAACGAGCCGUCGCUGAGGCCAAGAUGUGGGGAGAGAGUUGGAGAGGGAAAAAAGGAUCAGUAGGAUAGAAGUGCAGAAAAAUGCUAUGCAGGGAUGAUCAAACAGAAACAAAAGUUUUGAAGAAGCU